AUGUAUUCAAGAUUCUCAAAUGGCGAUUUUGAUGACAAGGAUUAUCCCAUUCCCAACUUAGCUGAAAACAAGGUGUCGGAUCUUGAGCUAUGGAUGGAAAGAAGCGAGUCCCAGAUCGUGGACGGAGAUACCCUUUGCUUAUGUUUCGAUAAAAACGGGUCGGAUAAUUUGUCGAUUGGGGAAACGGAAUUAUUGAACCCGUUUUCGGAUCUUACAGGGGACUAUGAUGCACAUAUAAGGAAUCUGUUAUAUGGUCAAGGCUGCCAUGGUUAUGCCUUGUCUACAGCUAUGGUUCGGGCCACUCCCAGUCCCAGUCCUCCUACUUCACCUUAUGAAAAAAAGAACCACCCGUGGGACCCACCAUGCUCCGUAAUGCCCUUCCAGCCAAACACAAAUGGUGUAGUGAUGGGACACCCGACCCCGACUUAUCUCAGUUACCCGCCGAAUACUGCGUUACGUGGGACCGGGCUCUACAUCCCUGUUAUUAAUAGCAGUAAUUCAUCAUCCAAGGAGAAACGGUCACCUACAAGGGGGGGCAGAGGAGGAGGAAGGAGCCGUGGGCCAACACCGUCCAAUGGUCACGUGCCACGUGCUAGUGGUCGUGAAACCAAAUUGGUGGUGGAACCUAAUAAUAAUCAAAUACGGUCUCCAAGACAAGGUCGUGUUGACCAGGUCAACGGUGGUUUUGUAAACCAACCAAGGAAACUUGAGUUUGGAUCUUUUCGGUCUCUCCCAGAGACUCCACAAACCCCAAAAAAACUGGAUGCGAAUACAACAAAACAGGGAAGGAUUGGAGAGAAUUCAUUCCAUCUCAAGAACGAAGACGAGUUUCCUCCUUUAUCUUCCUAGAGAACAUGUAUAAAAAAAAAAGAAGGAAAGCGGGAUAAGUUUUAGAUAUAUGCUGCUAAUAUAACUGAUCUUAGGAAGGAAAUCGAACCUUUUUUCCUAGUUUUGAGUUCGGGUUAUCUAUGGAACAUAGACCUUUUUGGUUUUUUGUUUUUUGGUUUGUUGUGAUAUAAUGUAGAGAGAUAAGAGAGGGUUAAAAAAGGUCGAGAAGUUGAAAAAGGAGACUUUUGUUGAAUAUGUUUUCUAGUGGGUUGGUUUUUUGUGCUUAUGUCAGCUGCCUUAACUGCCGGUUUUGGUUUUGAAACUUGAACCCCUUUUUAGUUUUUAUUAUUAAGUUUGUAAAUCAUCUGUAAAAUAGUCCUGGU